AAACACCCAAAACUCAAAAGCAUCAUCCAUCACCCACUUAUGGAAGGUUUAAUCCCAUUUCUCCUUCACGCUAUGAAGAAACAUAAGCCACAUCAAAACACUUUUCGCUGCCUCUCCGACACCUCUAACCGGAGCUACCACAUGCUCCUCCGAGCUGAAUCCAUCGAAGGCUCAUCUCACCGUAGAACUCGAUCGGAAUUUCAGCCUCCAGUCACCGUUGAUUUCCUGGAUCUGGCUCAGAAUAGAAGUUUCAAUAACAGAGCAUCUUCUCUGUUUUCCAACCAGAAUGCCGCCAAAUUGACUGCUACCACCAAUUUACAAGGAACUACUACUGCUGUUGAUAAUCUCCGCCAUAGGAAAUUAUGAUGCAACCAACAUAUUGCUUUGAAAAAAAA